AUGCUUUACGAACUCAUCGGAAUCGUCCGCCCAGGCAAAGUGGCUGAAGUCAAGGAAAUCGCCACAAGCGUCGGGUCUCUCAUUCUGCGCAAUGGCGGUGUCGUUCGUGGCAUCUCCAACUGGGGCGUCUUCAGCCUCCCCCGUCCGAUCUCUGUCCACCAAAUGAAGCACACACACGGCCACUACUUUGUCAUGCGCUACGACUCGAGUACCAAAGUCCACGAGGACAUUCGGAGCAACAUGAGACUGGAGCCUCGAAUGAUUCGCGCGACACACGUCAGGUUGGGCGACGGGCGAUUGGAGAGCAUGGCCAAGUUCGGCAAGCCUGAUUGGAAAGAAGCCGCCGGGUCCAUGAAGGUCAACGAGGUCUAA